AUCUCUCUGAAAAUCACACAUUCACACAGGAGCAAGAGAGAGAGAGAGAGAGAGAGCGAGAGAGAGAGAGAGAGAAACGCGAAAUUAGAAAUCGUACGCACGACGGCACAAUCGAAAAUCGCAAUCGGAAGCAGAAGCGAUUGAGAAACGGCAUCGUUGGGAGGCUAGGGUAAGUUUAUUUAUCCAUCUAUAUAUAUCAAUCGGAUAUGGGCGAGUUGACUCAGGCGGAGGUGUACUCGCCGAGGACUCAGCAAGUGUGGAGAGCACUGUUGAGCUGGUUGGCGUUCUUCUUUCAGAUCUUCUUUCAGAUUAUCAGAGCCCUCGGUCACUAUCCUUUACUCUCUUUCUCUUCUUCUUCUUCAUCUUCCUCUUCUUCCUUCAAGCCUCUUCCCUCCGUUGAGCUUCAGGAACACGAUUCGCCACCUCCUUCUGCUCUCGAAAUCACCGCCGUUGAUUAUCCCCCCGCCGAUCGCCCUCCUCUUCAGAAACUCACGGUUGUGCUUGACUUGGAUGAAACCCUGGUAUGUGCAUAUGAGACAUCAAGUUUGCCAGCUGCACUACGGACUCAAGCAAUUGAAGCUGGUUUAAAUUGGUUUGAGUUGGAAUGUGUAUCCGUAGACAAGGAAGGAGAAGGCAAACAAAAAAUCAAUUAUGUUACAGUCUUUGAACGCCCUGGGUUGAAGGAAUUCUUAAGGCAACUUGGUGAAUUUGCUGACUUGGUGCUGUUUACCGCUGGCCUUGAAGGCUAUGCUAGACCCCUUGUUGACAGGAUAGACAAAGAAAAUCGAUUCAGUCUACGACUUUAUCGGCCAUCAACAAUUAGCACGGAAUAUCGGGAGCAUGUCAAGGAUCUCACUUGCAUCUCAAAGGAUCUUUGCCGCAUUGUCAUUGUAGACAAUAAUCCGUUCAGCUUCGUACUGCAACCAGUGAAUGGAAUUCCAUGCAUUCCAUUUUCUGCUGGGCAGCCAAAUGACACCCAGCUUCUAGAUGUCAUUCUUCCACUUCUCAAGAAACUUUCUGAUCAGAAUGAUGUAAGACCUGUGCUCUAUGAAAAGUUCCACAUGCCUGAUUGGUUCCAGAAGCAAGGGAUUCCGGCUUCCAGUUGGCAAUUGUAGGAUGAAAAUAGUUUGCCAUUAAGCUCUUCUGUUUUUUUUUUUUUUUUACUUCCGGUGAAAUACUUAGUCUUAUUGUUGGAAGGGCAGCCACUGAUCGGUCAAAAUAGAAUUUUUGUAUAGCACCAAUUUGUUUCUGGAUCACCCAAAGGUUUCAAAUGCUGCUUCUUGAAGUCAAAUUAGUUCGCCAUUUAUGUAUGUAGUUUGCCAGAAUUCUGAUUCUUGUUUAUAGGCUUGCAAUCUGUUGGAAAGUAUGUCUUUAGUGUAUUGUACAAUUAUUAUCAAUAAUUAUUUACAGUUCUGACAUUCCCUACAUUG